AUGGCCGCUACAGGCAAGAAGACCAAAAAGCAAAAAUGGGUCAAAGCAAAUAUCACAGACAUUAUUGCAGAGCCCACCACAAUCGCUACUGCAAACACCUGGGCCGAUCCAGAUGAAGAAACUAGUUAUGGGCACUCGGGAUCCCGGACCACUCGCCCGGUGGUGUUGCCGUCCGCGUCCCGAGCCGCGCGUGGAGGUCUCUCUGUGGACGACGAGAGCAUCCCCAAACGUCCACCAUACAUCGCACAUAUAUCCAACCUUCCAUAUGAUGUUGAUGACAGUGCUAUAUCUGACCUGUUUGAGGGCCUUAAGAUAUCCAACCUGAGACUUCCAAGGGAAGGAGACCGACUCAAAGGAUUUGGUUAUGUAGACUUUGAAGACAGGGAGAGUCUUGUCAGUGCUAUGAACAUUCCUGACCUUACAAUAGGAGGAAGGAGAAUCAGAAUAGAGGUGUACACGAAAGAAAAUGAUCGUCGCGGAAUGGGACGCAGUGGCAUGGGCCGCUCGGAUAGAGACAGGGACUACGACCCAGAGCGUACAAUGGGUGACUGGAGAUCAGGUCCUCGGGCAGCGCCUGAGACUAAUCGCGCUAGACCUCCUGCCGAAAACAGGGACCGAGACAGAGAUCGCGACAGGGACCGUGAACGUGAUUCAAGCGUGGACAACAAGCCAGGUGCUUGGCGUGACGCAGAAAGACCCGCCGAGCCGCCACGCGCGCCCUACGGCGGACGAGAUUCGUACGGCCGUGAAAGAUAUGGGGAUAGGGAACGAGGUUUCGGGCGUGAGGAAGGCGGUCGCGAAAGGAGCGGAUACGGAGGCAGAGAUGGAUUCAGAGCUGCCGAGAGGGAUGGUGGAUUUAGUCGUGAUAGCAGAGGAUUCGGUAGCAGAGGCUUUGGUGACCGUGACAGGGAUCCCCCUAGAGAAGAUUCCAAGCCCCGUGAACGUCCCAAACUAAACCUGCUCCCACGUUCAGUGCCUCGUGACCCUGAAGUUCCAACGAAACCUGCAGAUGGAGCUCAAAUUGAAGAAAAGUCGGGGCCACCUAAACCUGUGGCCGCUGAGAAAGUCUUUGGUGGGGCCAAACCCGUCGAUACAGCUGCUAAGGAGCGCGAAAUAGAGGAGCGCUUACGGAAGCAGGAAGAAGAAGCUCGUCGCGGUACUGAUGAAAAGGAGCGUUGGGGACGAAGGAAUGAUCAAUCUGGCGAUAGACGCCCUGGUGCAAGACGUGAUGACCGCAGAGAGAACCGUAGUUACAACAGAGGUCGCGAGGUUUCAAAAGAGAAAGAGUCGCGCGACUCUCGGCCGCGAGAUAACCGCGACUCGGAGAAGGACAGGGAGGAUGGAGGCGACCGCUCCCGGGAGAGGGCCGAUCACGACUACAAAAAUGGCGAAGAGGUAGACAAUCAAGAACGUCGCGAGCCUUCGGGCGAGAGAGAUGAAUCCCGGGAAAAGAACGGACGUACCUCUCGCUCCAGGGACCGACGGGAACCCGAAGAGAAACCACUGCCCAAAAUGAAGGAACAGGAGAAACCGAACUUCAUUGCAUCUAACAAAUUUAGUUUCCUAGAAGACGCGGACGACGCCGGGUCCGAUUAA